UGGAAACGUUGAACUCGACCCAGCUGCACUUCAUGGCUCAGGCGCUUCGUCGACUGUGAGCCGGCUUUUGACUCCUUUCGAGGCUCGACGUGCCACGAUCCAUUCGAUCCUACCGACCGUGCUGGAAGCAACCGGAGAAGACUCACUCUCCAACAAGCUUUACUUGGCAUGUACUCUUGUCGUCUCCGACGCGUGGGACGGCGCUGUGUUCUUCGCUCAUCACGUGUGGAUUUGCACAUCUCACGAGGAAGAUCUACCAUAUGAG